GGCUUCUCUUUCUCCUGCAGUAACACAGGACACUUCUCAAAGAAUGCAAACCUUUACUCGGGAACUAAAGGAGGCAGGUUUCUAUUGAUGAAAACUUGAGAUUUACAGAAACUUUAAAAACUUGAUGACAUUCAUUUGGGAGAUUUUUAUCCAAGAAACCUGCUUUAGGGAAUUAUUUUGGGUUCAAGAUGUUUGCUGUACAUUUGCUAUCCUUUUACUUUUCAAAACUGAAAGAAGACCAGAUUCAAAAGGUGGACAGAUUCCUGUAUCACAUGCGCCUCUCGGACGAGCAGCUGCGGGACAUCAUGAUGCGUUUCAGGGCGGAGAUGGAAAAGGGCCUGUCAAGGGCCACCAACCCCACAGCCGCAGUUAAGAUGCUGCCCACGCAUGUCAGGUCCACCCCGGAUGGAUCAGAGAAGGGCGAGUUUCUUGCUCUGGAUCUUGGCGGGUCUAAGUUCAAAGUACUUCGGGUGAAGGUAUCGGACAAUGGGAACCAGAGAGUCGAAAUGGAAAGCCAGCAUUACCCAACCCCAGAGGAGAUCACGAGCGGCAAAGGGACAGGUUUGUUUGAUCAUGUAGCUGAAUGUUUGAAGGAUUUUAUGGAGAGGAACCAUGUGAACACAAAGAGACACCCCCUAGGAUUCACCUUCUCCUUUCCCUGCAGUCAAACCAAACUAGACGAGGGUGUGCUGUUAUCAUGGUCUAAACAUUUCAAAGCCAGAGGAGUGCAAGGCACAGAUGUGGUUGACUCCCUGCGCAAGGCUAUUGACAAAACCGGGGGCAUGGACGUGGAUGUUUUGGCCUUGGUGAACGACACUGUGGGGACGAUGAUGACCUGUGGAUAUGAUGACAAGUACUGUGAAGUUGGUGCCAUUAUAGGUACGGGUACCAAUGCGUGUUACAUGGAAGAGAUGAGACACAUUGAUCUGGUGGAAGGGGAUGAGGGGAGGAUGUGCAUCAACACUGAGUGGGGAUCGUUUGGGGACGAUGGCUCGCUGGAAGACAUCCGCACUAAGUUCGACAGAGAUAUUGACUUGGGAUCCAUCAACCCUGGGAAACAACUGUUUGAGAAGCUGAUUAGUGGGAUGUACAUGGGGGAGCUGGUAAGAAUCAUUCUGGUGAAGAUGGCCAGGAGAGGUCUGCUGUUUCAGGGCAGGAUGUCAGACGCACUCCGCACCAAGGGCAAGUUCCAGACCCAACACGUGGCUGAAAUAGAAAACUACAAGGAGGGUCUGAGUAAUGCUAAGACAAUCCUGGCUGGUCUGGGACUCAGCCCUUCAGAGGAUGACUGCAUUGCUGUCCAACAUGUCUGCACCAUCGUCUCUUUCCGCUCAGCCAAUCUCUGUGCUGCAGCUUUAGCCGCAAUUCUUACUCGUCUGCAAGAGAAUAAAAAACUCAAGCGCCUCAGGACUACUGUCGGUAUGGAUGGAACAGUCUACAGAACUCACCCACAGUAUGCUAAACGUUUACACAAAGUGGUGAGGCGUCUAGUACCGGACUGCAACGUGCGGUUCCUGCUGUCAGAGAGUGGAAGUGGGAAGGGUGCUGCCAUGGUAACGGCGGUGGCGUACCGGCUGGUGUCUCAGCGCAAGCAGAUCGACGAGACCCUCGCUCCAUUCAAACUGUCCCGCCAGCACCUGCAGGAUGUGAAGGACAAGAUGAGAGUGGAACUGGAGCGUGGGCUGAAGAAGGACACGCAUCACAGCGCAAGCGUCAAGAUGUUGCCAUCGUACGUCUGCGGGACACCAGAUGGGACAGAAAGAGGAAAGUUUCUUGCUUUGGACCUGGGGGGUACCAAUUUCCGAGUACUUCUGGUCAAAAUCUACACUGGUCUUCGCAAAUCCAUCCGAAUGUACAACAAGAUUUAUGCCAUUCCUUUGGAAAUUAUGCAGGGAACUGGUGAAGAGCUUUUCGAUCACAUCGUUCACUGCAUCUCUGACUUCCUGGAUUACAUGGGGAUGAAGAACGCCCGCCUCCCUCUUGGAUUCACCUUCUCCUUCCCAUGCAGGCAGGCUGGAAUUGAUAAGGGCUCUCUCGUUAGCUGGACCAAAGGUUUCAAAGCCACAGACUGCGAGGGGCAGGAUGUAGUUGACAUGCUAAGGGAAGCCAUAAAAAGGAGAAAUGAGUUUGAUCUGGAUAUUGUUGCCGUGGUGAACGACACAGUUGGAACGAUGAUGACCUGCGCCUAUGAGGACCCCAACUGUGAAAUCGGACUCAUUGCAGGGACUGGGAGCAACGUGUGCUACAUGGAGGAGAUGCGGAACAUAGAGACAGUGGAGGGAGAGGAAGGGAGAAUGUGUGUGAACACCGAGUGGGGGGGAUUCGGGGACAAUGACUGCAUUGAAUUCAUUAGAACCAAGUUUGACAGAGAAGUCGAUGAAGGGUCCCUAAACCAAGGUAAACAAAGGUAUGAGAAGAUGACCAGUGGCAUGUACUUGGGAGAGAUAGUCCGUCAAAUCCUCAUUGACCUGACCAAGCGUGGGCUGCUGUUCAGAGGGCAGAUCUCAGAAAGACUCCGGACCAGGGGAAUAUUCGAAACCAAGUUCCUGUCCCAGAUUGAGAGUGACCGCUUGGCUCUGCUCCAGGUGAGAAGCAUCCUGCAGCAGCUGGGUCUGGACAGCACGUGUGACGACAGUAUCAUCGUGAAGGAGGUGUGUGGCGCGGUCUCUCGGAGAGCCGCUCAGAUCUGCGGGGCCGGCAUGGCUGCCGUCGCCGACAAGAUACGGGAGAACCGAGGACUGGAGCAGCUGGACAUCACCGUCGGGGUGGACGGGACGCUCUACAAGCUGCACCCACAUUUCUCGAAGGUACUGAAGGAGACAGUGAAAGACUUGGCCCCUCAGUGUGACGUCACCUUUGUGCUUUCUGAAGAUGGGAGUGGGAAAGGGGCUGCCCUCAUCACGGCUGUGGCUCAGAAGUUACACAGCCACUCAUAGUGUCAGAGGUCACUUUCAACCAAUGUAAUACAGUCCUCAUGAGACUAACAAUCAUUGUCGAAAUGAGGUAAAUGUGACUCUUCACAUGAUCUAGAUUUUCAAAGUAUUUCAUUUCUUACCUAUUUAAUAUCCCUGUGUUGUGUGUCGUGUUUCUGUUUUUCAUCGUGUACCAUGAUUACUUGGUAACUGGGUCUUCUUUAAAUUUCUCAGGUGGUUUUGAAAACAAAUAACCUCUAUGGGUAUGCAGCUAAAACUUCCCUUCUAAAAGUUUUACAUUGUAAAAGCAUAGCAAAGUGUAAUAAAGCAUGGUAAAGCAUUGUGAAGCCCACAGAGGUAUGGUUAGAACAUUGCAAACCAUGGUUAACAAAGGUAAAUGCAUAGUGUAAUAAUAAGAAAAACAUGGCAAAACUGUAAAAUUGUCACACAUUUACUAUGGUAAACUUCAAUAGGGGUUCUGUUCCCUCAGAAACUGAUUUUCAUCGGUGAUCUUCUUUUACAAAACACACAUAGAUUGUUAAACAGGUAAGAAAUUAAACUGUCCUGAAAUGUAGAUGGUACAAGUGAUCUUUUUAAAUGUGUAGACAAGAUUGGUUCGUGCAGCAUCACUUUAAUCACACUGUAAUUUACUGUCAUUGACUGCAGUGACAGUGUAAGAGAUAUUUAGCCCCUUGCACAGAACUUUAAGGAAUGAUUUUUUAAUAUUUAUUUUAAGGGUAUAAAAUUAGGUUAAGCAAUGCUUUGAAAAAUAACAAUACAUGUACUGUCUAACCCUUUCCUAAACAGUUCUGGCAACGGCAAACUUGAUUUAAAUACUACAAUCCUCAACAAAACAUUCCUUAAAACAGUCAAUUGGGCACAUUUUCAGUUACAGGGUUGAGCCAUAAACAAGCUAACGAUGCAAAAUAGCAGUUAUGGUUAUAUCUUAAACAUACCUUUACUUGAACAAUGAAGACUUUGGGAAAGAUUGCUUGUUGAAAUGUUUGUCAAAUACAUUUAAAAUGUUCUACCAUUGAGUGUUUUAUAAUUACGAAGCAAUGACAUCAAAAAUAUAGACUGAAGAUUAAUCUUUAUUUCCCCUGACAAUUUUACCAAGAGCUAUUUAUAUACUGUUUGUACAAAUCUAAUUAUUUUUUAUAUUAAGAUGUAAGCUUCUAGGAUUCUGUAUCUUACCUGAUGGCCUGCCAUUCACAAUGUAGGUCCUCCAUGUGCCAAUUUUAAAUACACUGCAUCUGGUUGAAUUCUAGGUUACAGACAUGUUUGUGUGUUUUACUUUCAGGUAGUCUUGCACUUCCCUGUGCGGGUAGCUGCUGCCAUUUUAAUUAAUAUAGCUGUUCAUAUGAAAUAAACCAUUUAAGA